UGAUCAUCCCUCUCACAAUUUAUCUAAAAGCCAUUAAGUGCUUCAAACAAAUUAAAUUCCCAUCAUCAUGCUUGCAUUCUCGGCCACUUCAGUGUUCUCUAACUCAAACAUUGAAUGGCUCUUAGCGGAGGAGCCAUUUAGCUAUAACCACCACCACAACUACCUUUACAAUGAAAGUGUGUCCUCAUUGGAGUACGCAUUUCCACCACAUCAACCACUACAGCCACCACAAGCCGAGGAGGUUAAGAGGUCAAUGGGGCCACCAUCCAUGGCCAAGAAGCUUAACCACAAUGCCAGUGAACGUAAUCGACGCAACAAGAUCAAUACCUUGAUUACUUUACUUCGUUCACUUCUUCCCGGGGUAGAUCAAACGAAAAAAAUGAGCAUUCAGGCAACAAUUUCCCAAGUCACAAGAUACAUACCUGAGUUAGAACAACAAGUAGAAGGACUGAUUAGGAAACAAGAGGAGCUUCGGUCAAGAAUUUCUCGGCAACGCGAUGAUGCAAUGGACAUAGGAUCUAAAAUGACAAUUCCCCAUGACAACUCUAAUUUCAAAGUUUCAACGAGUUGGAUCAAUGAUAAUGAGGCUGCUAUUCAUAUUUCCUCCUGUGAAGUUUACAUGACUCCACUAUCUGAGAUCUUGCUGUAUUUAGAAAACAAUGGCCAUUUUCUGCUGAAUGCCUCUUCCUCUGAAACCUUUGAAGGAAGGGUCUUCUACAACCUGCAUUUCCAGGUGGAAAAAGCUCAUAGAAUAGAGUCCUGUAUUCUAACUGAGAAGCUUUUGUCAAUAUAUGAGAAGAAGCAAAGCAUUUCUAAUCAAUUAGGAGGAGGGGCAUGGCAUUGAAGAGUAACAUUUGUUAUGUAAACAUAAAUCAACCUCGACUUAGCUGAUGUGUCUCUUUCCUUUUUAAUUGAAAAGAGAAGUCAGUACUGUACUAUUAAUUUGUCUAUAUAAUUGUAUAAGUUGGUUAGUUCAGUACGUGGUUGUUGGCCAGCACUUUUAUUUUUCUCAUUUGGUCUUCUCUUCAAACUCCAAUAAAUGUAGCUUGUAAUCUCAUACAAGUUUUAAAUAACAAAUUUUCUCAUUCACUUAUUA